AGACAUGUUGAGAGAGAGAGAGAGAGAGAGAGAGGUAACGGAGAUGGAAAAGAAAGCUUGCAGGGACCAUGUGUUGGUGCUUCCAUUCCCAAGCCAAGGCCACAUAAACCCAACCCUCCAAUUCUCUAAACGAUUAGUCUCAAAAGGCCUGAAAACCACACUAGCUGUAACCAUCUUCAUCUCCAAAUCCAUGAAAGCCAAAUCUAGUUCAGUUGGUAUUGAAACCAUCUCUGAUGGCUUCGAUGAUGAUGGUUUCACAAAAGUCGAUAGCUUCCAGACCUACCUUUCAUGUUUAAAAGAAAGAGGUUCACAAACCUUAACUGUGCUCAUAAACAAACUAAAUGACUCAGGUUACCCAAUCAAGUGCCUUGUGUAUGACUCAUUCUUACCAUGGGCUUUAGAUGUAGCCAAAGAGUUUGGGUUGGUUACUGCCUCAUUCUUCACUCAGUCUUGUGCAGUUGAUAACAUAUACUACCAUGUUCAAAGGGGACUUCUCAGCAUCCCACCACCGGACCAGAGUAGUACUGUUUCAGUUCCUGGGCUCCCACCACUUGAACCGCAAGACUUGCCAUCUUUUCUUUUAGUAGGAUCUAAUCCCGUUUACCUGGCACUUCUUGUGAAUCAAUUCUCUAAUUUAGAUGAAGCAGAUUGGGUUCUUGUGAACACCUUCGACAAGUUGGAGAAUGAGGUGGUGGAGUGGAUGGCGAAACUCUGGCGAUUGAGGACGAUUGGACCAACUUUACCAUCCAUGUACCUGGAGAAGGGGAUAGAAGAUGAUAAAGACUACAAUCUUAAUCUCUUCAAUCCAGACACUACUGUGUGUAUGAACUGGUUAAAUAAUAGGCUAAGUGGAACGGUUGUCUAUGUGUCAUUUGGGAGCGUGGCUGCGCUUGGAGUUGAGCAGAUGGAAGAACUAGCAUUGGGUUUGAGGAUGAGCAAUAGCUUCAUCUUAUGGGUGGUAAGGGCAUCAGAGAGAGACAAGCUAAGUAACAAGUUUGUGGAUGAAGCUUCAGAGAAGGGUUUGGUGGUUUCAUGGUGCCCUCAGUUAGAUGUGUUAGCCCACAAGGCAGUAGGAUGCUUUGUUACACACUGUGGAUGGAAUUCUACUCUAGAGGGACUUAGCUUAGGAGUUCCAAUGGUUGGACUGCCACAGUGGACAGAUCAAACCACUAAUGCUAAGUAUGUUGAGGAUGUUUGGGAAGUAGGAAUUAGAGCUCGGGUUGAUGACAAAGGGAUUGUAAGAAAAGAAGAGCUAGAGCUUUGCAUAAGGGAAAUUAUGGAGGGAAAGAGAGGGGAACUGAUUAAGAAGAAUGCCAUUAAAUGGAAGAGUUUGGCUAAAGAAGCAGUGGAUAAAGGUGGAAGUUCAGAUAAUAAUAUUGAUGAAUUUGUAGCUCAAUUAGUUUCCAUCUAAUAUGAAUUUGAUUGCUUAAUAGGAAUUCCCAUAUUUUAUCUUCUUAGGA